UCGCGCGCGUUGGGAUUCGGUGGUGCGAGAAAUGGGGAGGAGGAAGGUGGCGAUGAAGCGGAUCGAGGACAACAGCAGCCGGCAGGUUACCUUCUCGAAGCGGCGGAGCGGGCUGAUCAAGAAGGCGCGGGAGCUCUCCAUCCUCUGCGACGUCGAGAUCGCCCUCCUCGUCUUCUCCAGUCGCGGCAAGCAGUACGCGUUCUGCAGCGGCGACAGCUUGGCGGAGAUCCUUCAGCGUUACCGGAAUCAUUCUGAAGAAGCAGAGGGCUCCAAAGAUGCUAACAAGGGAUGCCCAUCUGCAGAAUCAAGCCUGCAAUCACCCUCGCAGCUGCUGCAGUUAGUUCAAAGAUACGUGGAGGGGCCAGAUGAUGACAAUGUCAGUGUGACCGAUCUUGUGCAAUUGGAAGAACAACUCGAUGCUGCUAUUGUGCAGACUCGACACAGAAAGACUCAGCUGAUGAUGGGUUCUGUCAUGGCUCUCCAGGAUGAGGAAAGGUUGCUGAGAGAAGAGAACGAACUACUGGAAAGGGAGAUAGCGUCCAUGACGUCGAAUGACGAACCCUCGAAUGAGGCAGCAAUAAGAUACCACGGGCUACAGGACAACCAGUCCGUUGACCAAUCUCAACAAGCUACUCUUAAUUUACUCCGAUAAUAAAGAAGGGGACGAGACGGCAAUGUCCGACUUCAAGGACCACGAAGCUGAUUGCAGUUGCAGCACACUUCAUGGUUCGACCAAGUGAAACUCUGCCGACAACCUCGCCCAAUAAAAACGCACGAGGUUGCCUGCUAUUUGAUUUUCUGUUAUGUUGUUGUCUCUAAGAUGCGAGAGGAUUUUGCGACUCAAUAAUUUCAAAUGUGGAUCUGUAGAGUGGUGGUGACGAGUGAUUCUCUUCCGAA